AUGUCGAGUGCGGAUUAUGAAGAACGUGGGGGAACUGCAGCUUCUCGUGCACCUUCCGCCGUCCACUCCGACGCCGACCACUUUCACUUCCCUGCGCCUCCGCCCUCCUCGAGUCUCGACGACACCGAUUCCUCGACUUGGUCCAGUUUGGGCGGAGCUCUGACUGGCAAUACCUCCUCAGCCAACCUUUCACCCACCAACUUCUCAACCGCCGCCUUCCACUUCAACGUCUCUGACUCGGACAAGUUCACAGCUUCCAACCUGGAUCUCUCCACUUCCCAAGCCUUUCCUCGCGAUGAGUCGCUGUUACGGGACAUCGCCUUCCCGGAAUGGAAGACCGACGCCCGUUCCUCCGACUUCGAGAGCCCUGAAGAGCUGCAAAAGAAGGAUCCAUUAGGCACUCAAAUAUGGAAGCUCUACAGCCGGACAAAGUCCCGUCUGCCAAAUCAGGAGCGCAUGGAGAAUCUGACCUGGCGAAUGAUGGCUAUGAACCUUCGUCGUCGCGAGCAAAUGCAAGCAACGUAUGCCAACAACACCCAUUCCGGCAGCGACCAUCGCCCCGCCGGUACUGAUACUUUCUUUAGUGCAAAGCAAUCCCAACCCAGCACCACUGCUCGUACGUCCGCUCCUAGUGGAAUUGCUCAGCAACUACGAAACUCAGUCGACCAUGGCGUCGAUCAACUGGGGCAGUUCGAUCAACAUGAACUGGAGCAUCUCUCGGAUCCCAUGAACCUCGACGACUUCAUCAUUCCAAGUUCGGUUGCUUCGCCCACCGGGAUAACCUCGCCCGCCCCAUCUGAAGCCCAAGAUCAAUCGAAGCUGUUCCAGUCUGCUGGGAUUCCCAUUGCUGCACGCAACAAGCCACAAGUCCACAUCCCGCAGGGACUACCACCCGCCUCUAUGCCCCAAACAUCAAUUCCCAUAAACCGGUCAUCAGAAUUCGACUAUGUCCCGAAAAGAGUCCGCAAGACUAGCAUUGACGAAAGGAGAGGAAAUCGAAAGCGACCGGCUGAGUUUUCUCCUCAGGUACCUCCAUUGAUUGCCCCCAACGGCGCCAACAACUCGGAGAUGGAUCAUGCUGUUCCUGACUACGCCCUCGAUCAACAGAACUCCUCCCAAUAUGGUAGUCAGGCCAAUUUUCAGGGGCAAAUGGCCAUGCACCUUGACUCUGUUCACCUCAGCGAUGAUCCCAUACUUACCCCAGCUGGGCCAUUCCAACAAAACUUGGCCUUCUCUCCUGCCGCCUCGCCAAUGGUGACCAAUGGUCCUUUUUCAAACAUGUAUCCCCAAUCCUCCAUGGCUUCUUCAUUGAACUCGACGGAUUUCUACUCCCCGCCCCAGUCUGGCUAUGCUUCGGCUGUCUCUACACCCCAACCCGGCCAAGAAAAUGACCCUACCCAGUACUACUUUGAUCACGCCAGUCAUCCACGAGCGAUGCCAUUUUACCCAUCACAAAGGCCUAAUCAUCUGAUGGCUCCCAUGGCUUCCCAAUUUUCAUAUGGACCCAACAAUGAGCAGAUAUACACUGCCAUGAAUGGUGUUGGAUCAGCCCCUGCAAUGAGCGGAUUCUCAAUGCAGCAACACGUUGAUCCUUCCAACGUCCUGGUCCCGGAAUACGGUAACCGGGUUUCGCCUGGGGUGUCCAUGGCUGGAAACGAUAACAUGUUUCAUUUUGGAGCCGAUUCGGAUCAAGAAGAUGACGAGGGCAACUUUGGGGAGCGCAAUCUGAUGAUGCAGUCAGAUUACGGACACCUGGGUGACCCGACAUUAGACCUCAACUCCGGUCUGCAAUGGGAUCCGAAUGCCACGGACUUUGGCAGCAUGCCGCGUUACGGUGGUGGCAAACAGGUUAGAAUUGGCGGGGCGGAGAUGGUCAACUCGCCGCCUGAUUGGGGCUCCUCGAUGCUGAGUCGGACCCACGGCUCAGCAGCCUCAAUCAGCGAGAUUCGAAAUCGGGACCAGGACCCAAGGAGACAGAAGAUCCCAAGGACGACGUCCACGCCUGUGUUAUCCAACCAUCAAAUGCAGUCGAGCACCAAUUCUCCUGAUGAAUCUGGUUUCAGCAGUCAACAGCCAUCAAGGCCCAGCAGUCCUGGGCCCAAGAACACCGACCAGAAUGGUGUGCCGACAACGUGCACCAAUUGUUUCACGCAAACCACACCAUUGUGGCGUCGUAACCCAGAAGGCCACCCGCUCUGCAACGCCUGUGGUUUAUUCCUCAAAUUACAUGGUGUGGUUCGUCCCCUGUCCCUGAAAACGGAUGUGAUCAAGAAGCGUAAUCGAGGCAGCGGGAAUACAAUGCCCAUGAGUUCCGCCGCGACGAGAGCCUCCAAGAAAGCAUCUCGCAAGAACUCGGUCCAGCAGACACCAGCGACAACGCCCACGUCGGGCAUUGCGGCAAGUGAGCAAAAUUCAGCGUCUCCAGCCUCGGUCCAAGGCUCUGUCCAUUCUGGGUCUGCUAUGACCCCGCCAUCAAUCUACCCGCCUGGAACUACUGGAGGGAAACCGGGAGUGGUCCCCAUUGCUGCUGCACCCCCCAAGCCACCUGUGCCACCGGGUCCUAAUAUGGCCCGACCUGUGCAGGUAACACCGAAACGUCAACGGAGGCAGUCUCGGGCCUCUACGGCCACACUGCCUAUCAUGACUGGAAAUUCUGCGUCACCCAACGAAACUGAGAUGCAAGACGUUGGUCAGUCUACCCCAAAGAUGAGUCAGGCUCCGGUCACUCGGGCCAAGGCGGCCAGCAUCUCCUCUACCGUUGGAGCCACCACCAUGGCUUCUGUGAUGCAAGGUAGUUUGCUGAAUUCGGGCGUUCAAAACGUGCCCGGAGGACCACACGGCAACAGCCAAGAAUGGGAAUGGCUGACGAUGAGUUUGUGA